UGUGUGUGUGCGUGCUUCAUUUAUCUUUGUUUGUCUGUACAUCCAUCUGUCUGUCCGCAGCUUAAGGAUAAAGGAGAUGCUUGUUUUUCCAUGAUGCAAUAAGUGACUUACAUUUAACAGAUCUCUGAAAUGUUUGACAGUGUUAAACAAAGUCACUGAUGGAAAUAGACACAUGCGCGCGCACAUGCGCACGCAGUGUGUCACUCAGUGGCAUAUCAAAUCAAAGAAUGUCCUGUCUGCUUUGCAAGUUGUCUCACAUGGGAACACAGGGAACAUAAUUUUCAGCAUGACAUUCAGCAAAAGCGAUCUACUUCAGAAAUGCAGAUUUGCAUGAGGUUAUGAACACAAUGUUCUUAUGUGAUAAGUUUCUUGUACAAGAUAGCAGAUUACGUCAUUGCCAUGGCAUCUCUCUCAGCACUCCUAAUUCACAGCAGGACUACAGCGCUCGCUUGAAGCAGCAGUUGUGUCAAAGUGGGAGUGAGGCUAAGAGGACAAAAAGCCAACAGACAUUUUUGAUGCUUUUAAAGGUCAUGCCAAAUUUUUCUGACCUCAUUGUGUCUUUUUUGUUCACAGGACACAGGUGAGACUCGAAAGCCUCGAGGACUGUCGCGUCCUGGAAGACCCAAACAACGACUCCAUGUCAGACACCCAUGGCUGCCCCGCUUACGUCAGCCCGGAGAUCCUCAGCGGCUCAGCGCCUUACUCCGGCAAGAUGGCAGACAUGUGGAGCCUGGGAGUCAUGCUAUACACCAUGCUGGUUGGCCGCUACCCCUUCCACGACCCAGACCCGGCCACGCUUUUUUCCAAAAUCCGCAGAGGCCAGUGCUGUUUGCCAGAGGGCUUGUCAACCAAGGCCAAAUGUCUGCUCCAGAGCCUUCUGAGGAAAGAACCCUGGGAGAGACUCACGGCAGCCGAGCUGCUCGUCCAUCCGUGGUUCCACCAGCCGCCUUCGUCGCAGGAAGGGGUCCUGGGUGAACAGGAAGUGAGCUCGGCGGAGCAGAUGGUGCCAUCCUUUGACGUCGAAGAGGAGGAUGAUUUGUUCUGCUGACGGACUUGAUUCAGCAAAGUCUGGCUAAGGGACCAAAACAAAAUGAGGGAUUCAUCGUCAUUUUUUUUCUUUACAUUGGCACUUUUUAGAAAGUCAGUUGUCUACUGUUGUGUGUACAUACACCCUCAAACUUUCGACUAAAACUUACUGUACUGUAUUUUGUUGUCGUAUAUGUGUUACUUGCUAAGGGCAUUGCUCACAAUGAUCAUUCAUUGUGUUUCUAUGCGUUUUUGAAAUUAUUUGGUGCUAAAAGAAAUAACAAGGACUCAAACUUGCCAGAUUAUGUUAAGAAAAUAAUCUCUGCAGGCUGUGAUGGGUGAAUCACAGAGAUGUGACUCAUGGCAAACAGUGGUCACCAGCGCCUGGACUCAUAAGGCUCCAGAAAGCAGUAGAUUAUUCCUGAAGGGGAGGCGAGGAUAUCAGGAUGUUGCUCCUCUCACCCUCUGACCGGGCUGGAGGCUUCAGCGACUGACUCACCAAGCGGCUUGAGGAAGGCCUUCACACAAGCCUGACGUCUCACAUCAGGCGGUGACACAGAGUGCGAAAGAUGCUCCGCAGCGGACUGAUGCGUCACACUCUGCGUUACGCCACGACAGUGUCUCGAUGCCAAUCUGCCAACCUCUCAGCAAAUGGAGAGCAUUUACAAAUCUCACACCAUGCACAGAAGGUUGAGAAAGGCAGGGUGUUACUGGUGCAAGACUUACGAGAAAAGUGGGACGAGUUUGUCACACAAACACAUUCUCAGAAAGUGUGACGCUAGGCCAACAGUUAAAACGAAAUCCUUAAGCUUUUAUUUGGAAGCAUGCUCCAUACUGUAUAUUUAAUGUAAAAGUGUCGAUUAACAGGGUCGAACCUUGUCAAUUUCACUGUGUCUGCUCUGCUUGCAAUUAGACACAAAUCCAAAUUUAACACUAAAGCAUAUGGUUUAAAAAUAAAAGCGAGCAAUUCGGGUUUUAAAGCCUCAAUCAUCUGCCUCAGCAGAAACAGAGGUAGGAGACAGAUGUUGAAUUCCUAAGCCUAUAGCCAUUUUACAGGGACAAAGUGAAAACACAGAGAAUUCAAGAGGUAUUUCCCACCGGUACAGUCUGCCUUUUCUCUCAGUCCAACAAUACCUGUAUUAUUUAAAGAAAUAUCCAGUUAAAGAACAACCAAAUCAAACAUAUUACAGAAAAACGAAGAGAUUUGGACUCGUUCACUUCAUUUCUGUUGGAACAUUGUAUCAAGCUGUGUUGCUUUAACAGGGCCAGGCUGUGCUGAGUGUUGUGCCUGUAUCACUGUGUUUCAUAAACUGAACGGCUCUGAAUCAGUCACAGUCAGGCGAUGUUUGAUGUUGGUUGUCUGAUGAUGACUCAACGCUCGAGCGUGUCUGCAGAGAAUGGUCCUGACCUUGGCAGGAAGAAUCUGUUCCGACUGUUUCACCUCUUUAAUGGUACAUUUUCUUUCCCUUUCCUUUUUUAAAAUUUUUUUAUUUCUGCCGUUGAAAGCUGUGGAUCCACGGAGACUAGUCAUCUGAGUUAGGGACAUGAUGUACCACCUUCUAAAUGAUCUUUUCUUUGGAUUGUGACAGACAGAUGCAGCGUUUCAGUGACGUUUAGCCUUACUGCAGGUCUGCAGCCAGCUAUUUCAAUCUGGUACAAUAAUUUUGACAAUGGUACUAAAUCUGGCAUAUCUGAGGAGCGCUGUGCAUUUGGUCAAGCAGUAGGCUAAUACCACGUUUCAAUAUUUCCUCUCGUCUGCCUGAAAUACCAGAUUAGAACAGACUUGUGACAAUCUGGGUUGUUCCUCACAGAGAAAGUAAUUUAUGAGGUUUAGGAUUUUCAUUAGUGAGUCACACGUUCAUGUGACGUGUAGAGUGAACGGACACGGGUGCACAAACUUCAUAUUGCACUGUGAAUUAUGUAUUUGUGACAGAACCUUUGGGCUUUUUAUUGGUCAAGACAGGUUACACACAAGAGUUAUAUUCAUUGUAUAAAAAGAUGUAAAUAUGUACUGUAUAUUUGAAACAUGUGUGGAGAAGUUGAAUAAAAAUCAGUUUUUCAUUUUCA